GGGACGUAUUGCGGCUCUGUCACGUCGCUUCCCAGUGACAGCGCUGCCAGGUUGCCCAGUAGCGUUUUUCAAGCUGUUUUGCAAUGUCACAGUAAGAAGUGUUGCCAUUAUCGCCACUAAACUCAGAAGCCCUUGUUCGCAUCUAACUGACCUAGUUAUUGAAAUCAUGUUAAGUACGUGAUCACAAGCUUAACGCUCUCAAUAUGACUUUUUCACGGGCGGAAAAACGAGUCGGUGACGAUGGACGCGACGAGGUGGAGGACGCCAUUGAGCAGUUGCUCAGUCUUCACACCACGCGGAGCAUGUCAAUGAGCGUGACGCGCCAGGGUAGCCGAGGGGUGGCGCUAAAUGGGCCCGGUGGCGUACGCCCUGGCCCCACUUCACCCAUGUUGCCCACCACCUCACCAUCGCGGACGCCUCCUGCAUCAGGCACUGGCAUGUACGCAGCGGCCCCGGGCGCCUCCGAUCGUGGGUUGGGGCCCACCAGCGGCGCCCAGAAGGGCCUUGGACUUGGCAACUUGCCGCUAAACCUGCCCAGUGGCGGCGCAGCCGGCGGCAGCACGCAACAUGACGCCCUGGAGGUUUCGCGCCGAACCCUAUCGCUGACGCCGUUCAAAGGCAGGCGCCGGGCAUCGACACUGGCACUCGAACUGGCUAGCGCCAAUGGUGCCGGAGGAUUUGGUGGCUACGGCAUUGGCGGCGGCUCCGCGGCGGCCAGCCCCCACAUCGGGCCCGGAUCGCCAUUGUUCGGUGCGGCGAGCAGCCAUGCCCUCUUCCGCCGCGGCGGCGGCGGUGGCGGUGAUGGUGGUGGCGCAGGUGGAGGCGGAAGUAGCGGACCCAGCACAGGCCGGGUUACCGGCAGCAGGGGCGGCGAAUGGCACAACUUCUAUAGCUACGGCCAGGUGCCGGACUCGGCCCUUGCACCAGCCUCGCCGCGGUCCCCACUGCCACCGAACCGCACGUCAGCCGCGGCGACAUCUGCAAGCCAGCAGUCCCCAUCACCUAUCCGCAGAGCCGAGCCAUCCAGCACAGCCAUGGCAGCAGCAGGCAGCUCGAAUGGCUGGAACGUGCCGCGCCACGUCAGUGCCGGCGAUGGCGCUACUGCGGGGGGCAGAGAGCUCGCCAUGGCGUCGGGGAGCGUUGUUGCGGCGGAUGCAUAUGGCGGUGGCGGCAGCGCCGCCGGCGACGCUGCGCUGCUGGCAACAUCAUCAGCAGGCGGUUUAGCAGGCCUGGAAUCACAGUCGCCGAGCGGGACAGCAAGCGGAGGCGGCGCACACAGCCCAGGAGUCAGUACCAGUGGUACUGGGGGCCGGCACCGCCAACAGCAGCAACUGCAGGUGCCGCUGCAGCAAACGUCCUCUGUGGACGCUCCUGGACCGUCUUCCCUACUCGGCAGUAGGUCGCAUGCGCGUAAGGCUUUCGCACGGGCGCGGGGCAGCGUGCCAGGCAGCUUUGGCGUGACGUCGCUCGCGGCGUCUGGCGGCAGUUUGGAUUCCGUGUCCUUCCACGUGGACGCCACGUCCGCGGCGGGGGCGGCUGUGGCAGUGAUUCUAGGGCCGCCGCAGGCGGAGCAGAAUCAGGCGCAGCAUGCGGGGCAGCAUGCAAGCGGUUUAGUCGCUGGCGCCAGCGCUGAUGUGCCCAUGCUGCCAUCACUCAACAUCCUUGUUGCACAACAGAUGCAACUGCAGCACCAUGACCCGCACCGCGCAGGCGCUGGGGCAGUGGCUGUGGCCUCGCGAGCCCCAGUCUCACCUGGCCCCCAGAGCAACAACACGACCGGCGGCCCUGGUGGCGGCACUCGGCCAUCAGGGGGCAGUGGCGGCACAGGCCCUGGCGGCGCCGGCCAAGCGCCGAACAGCUUCAAUAUCUACGGCUCCUCAAUGCCUCUAAUGCCUCCUGCGCCGAUCAGCAGCUACGCCAACUCCCACUCCAGGGUGUCGCAAGUUUCCGUGGGCGCUUCCGCGUACAGCUCUACGGGGCUGCCCCAUUACAUCAACGCCACCGCCGUUGCGCCCUCCACCACACCCACUGCGACAGGAGCAGCAGCUGUAGCAGCUGCCGGGCACAUGCUCCUUGUCCAGGCGUCGGGCGCAUCCGCGACAGUUGCACGCGCCACAGAAGCAUCUGAAGGGGCUACAGCUGCAGCGGCUGCUGCGGCGGCUGUAGCGGCGGCUGGUCAGCAGCAGCAGCAGCAGCAGCCAGCCUCGCCCACGUCCGCACAACCAGGUGCUGUGCAGCAAGCGUACGUCACGAGGGGCCCCUUCAGCGGCGGCAGCCUGCAUGGCGGCAGUGUCUUUUACGGCGCCGGCGCCGGUGCGCGCGGAGGCGCAGCCGGCGGCGCCACUAGCAGUGUGCGCAACAGCAGCAGCGUGCACGGCGGCGGCGCCUACCUGACAACCACCGGUGGAAGCAACGUCAUGACCAGUGGCGGCGGCCUGCUUUACGCCGGCGCCAGCAUGGCAGGCAACCUGCUGUACACGACCAGUGGCGCGGCGGCCGGGCCCGCCUACGUGACGCACGCGGUGCGCACCUCCACGCACAAUUGCCGCGCGCCCUCCAUCGGCGGCAACAGCAUCAGCUCGGCGGCUACCACCAUGGCCCAUCAUCGUGCAGGUGCUGCUGGUGGGGGCCACAUGGGCGGGGGGCUGGAUGGCAUGUUGUUGCAGCCGCCGCGGCCGCCGGGGCCCGCCACCACGGUGGGCAGGACUACCGCCACAACCGGCGGCGGGCGUGCCACCGCCAUGCGCGCCGGCAUCAUCACCUGCAACCCCGCACUGCUCGAGGACGGCGCGUCGCUGUACGGCAGCGGCGGCGGCCGGGCCGGUGGAGGCGGCGGCGCGGAUGUCGGCAGCGCCGGAGGCGGCGGCGCUGCAGGCCUAUUCGGCCGCAGCGAGGCCGCUGUAUCGCUUUCCACCGUCACCACCAAGUCCCACCAGUUCCGCCCAACGCGCAUCGCCGGUCCGGCCAUGAAGGCCUUCCACCUGGCCUGGGCCGCGCUGCUCCUCACCUUCGUCAGCUCCUUUGCGCCUGCCGCGCUGUCGCCCAUCAUCGCAGCCGACCUGCACCUGAGCAAGCCCGUGUUGGCGGUGGCGGGGGCCAUGUCGCUGCUGUCCAGCUUCGUAACGCGCGUGUUGAUGGGCGGCUGGGUGCGGCGCUACGGGCCGCGCUACUGCCAGGCAGUCGCACUGCUGUUGACCGCGCCAGCCCUGGCCUGUACGUCGCUGGUGCGGAACGCCGCCGGCUUCGUGGCGGCGCGUGCGGCCAUUGGCACCGGCCUGGCCACCUUUGUGUCCAGUAACUUCUGGGUGGUGCUCAUGUUCGACUCGUCCGUGCUGGGUGCCGCCGCCGCCACCUGCACCAGCUGGGGCAACGCCGGCAGCGGCGUGUCGCUGUUGCUCAUGCCGCUCCUGUACCAGGCGAUGCUCAAGGUGUACAAUGGCGAUGUAGGGUCCGCCUGGAGCGCCGUGUUCUACUUCCCAGCAGGCGCUCACUUGUUACUUGGCGCGCUGACCCUGCUGUUUGGUCAAGACACGGCGCUGGGUGACUUCCUGGACUUUGACUCCGCCAGCGAUGACCUGCCCGGCGGAGCGAUGCUGGCGGCGGCGGGUGGCGGCUCGUAUCACAACCCCAAAGCGUUCAAAACGGCCGAACCCGAUGUUGCGCCAGCCACACCGCCUGCACAGCUGCAGGCGCGGCGCAGGCAGAAACAACAGCCAGCUCAGUCCCCACAGCUGCUGCUGCCCACCAAGCAGUUCUCCGCGCCGCCUCAGGUGGAGCCGCAGCCGCCUGCAGCCCUGAGGUCUGAGGCUGCUGUGGGCCCUUCCAUGCCGCUGCCACAGCCGCAGCAGUGCGCGGCGGCGCAACCCAUCAUCGCUCCUGUGAGAAGUGCUGCCGCUGCCACUGCCACAGGCGGCGUCGCCACAGCCGGCACGGGACACGGGACGAAGCGCGGCAGCAGUAGCAGCGGCGCCCCUGAGCGGGGCAGCGGCGGCGCGCGCAUGGCCGCCGCGGCGGCUGCAGCAGGCGUGUCCGGCGCGCAGCCGAUCCCCGGGUGUGGACAUGGCCGUGGCCCCGGGGGCCUAGAGGAUGAAGAUCCUUCCAUGCACGAUCUGCCGCAGCGCCUGCCCUCCGCCAGCCUGCGGGGCUGGCGGGCCGCGUCUGCACGCCAGAUGUCGCUUCGCCGGCUAGAUGCGGGCGGUGGUGCCUGCGGCGGAGGUGGAGCUGCUGGUACCAGCUUCCUGCAGCAGGCCCGUGGACCGCCGCGCGUGUCACAGCGGGAGCUGCCGCCGCCAGCCGCCAGCGCCUAUGAUGAGGAUGAUGUCAUGUUCGACGAUGGCGAGCCAAUCUUUCUGCUUGCGGGCAUGGACACGGGCGGUGGCAUGCCGGAGCGCAUUGAGGAGCAUUCGGAGACGCUUGCCUGCGCCAGCGGGAGCACGGGUCGGAACGCAGCGGCGGGCGACGGCAGCCCCCAGCAGCAGGCCUGUGGUGCUGGCAGCAGUAGCGCCCAGCACGCAGGGGCCUACGGCCAUGGCGCGCCUGAGGGGCGGAGGGCCACUGGCUCGGCUGCUGGGCCUGUGGCGGAGGGUCUGGAGGAGCCAGCAGCAGGCGCUGUGGAUGAGCCUGAUGCACCCGAGGCCACUCUGGAGAUUGAACUGCUGCCCGCUGACAACACAGCUGCCGGCGACGACGAAGCUGGUGCCCAUGAUGAACGGGAAGCUGGUGGCGGUGGAGCAGCUAGCUCUGAGGCGGCCUCGAGCCAACAGCCGGCGAAAACGUCGGCGUGUUUCCCACCGCCACACCUGCAGGUGCCGCCAUCGCCGGUGGCCGCACUCACCGCCGCCUUUGUUGCCGGCGGCAUCGCCAGUCCCUUCCGCACCGCCGCCGCAGCUCACGGUGAACCUGGCAAGGUGGGUUCGUCCGUGCCGCCGGCGGCGCCCUUCCGGACUGCCGUGACCAUCCCAGUCCAAAGUCGCGCGGGCGCGGUGGCAGGCACUUCAAGGCCACCAGGCACUGAAGCGGACAUCCGACGCCGCCAGUCCACAUCGCACUCUGGCGCUGCGGCGCCCUACUCUGCUGGCGGCCCCUCUCCUGCUGCCGCCCUUGCCGCCGCAGCCACGCGCGGCGCGCUUGGUGCUGUGGCUGGCACCGCCGCAGGCGGUGUGCACGCCACAGCGCCGGGCGGCGGCGGCCUCCCCACAGCAGCUGGCAGCUUUACACCGGCAGCCGUUGCUGCGACGACGGCCGAAGGCGUGCCGCCGGCGUCGUCAGGAGCCGUCGGCGGCGCCCACGCCGCCUACCUGAAUUUGGUGCGGGGCCGCCUCAGCCAGGGCGGUGCCAUCAAGGCCGCAGCGGCAGCUGCAGCGGCAGCGACUGGCAAUAAUGCCGGCAAGAGCCGCGGACAGCAGCACCAGGGCCUGCUGGCUGGCGCAGCAGCAGCACCUGGUGCGUCACCCGUAACUCACGUAGGUCCUGGCGGCGGCACCGAUGACCCCUCCCAUCAUCCGCGGUGGUCCAACAACAACGCGCCAGCGGGCGGCCUCAGCGGCGAUCAACAGCAGCUGGGCAGUGCGCCGCAGGCGGUCAAAGCUGGCGGCAGUGCGGUGCGGGAGGGUGCGCAAAGCCUCCUGCCAGCUCCUCGGCCGCCCAAGCACCACCACGCGCUUGGCCUGGGCUUGCACGAGGCCUACCAGCUGUACAGCAUGGCGUGUCGCAACUACCGCUGCCUUUUGCUGGCCCUCAACUACGGUUAUAACUUCGGCGCCCAGUUGGCGCUGUACAACGUGUUGUCCAUCUACUUGUACGAGCGGUACGGCAUGUCGCUGCUGGGGGCGGGCGCGCUGGCUGCCAUGCCGGGCCUGCUCAACGUGUUCAGCCGCGUGUCGGGCUCGCUGCUGUCGGGGCUGGUGUGCCGCCACUUCGGCAUGCGCGGCCGCCUGUGGCUGCUGUGGGUGACACAGACGGCUGGAGGGCUGUGCUGUGUGGGCCUGGGCUUGUGCGGCGGCGGACAGGCAGGACUGGGGGCGACCGGCGUGCUACUCCUCCUCUUCGGGCUAUGCACGCAGAUCGCCGCUGGUACCACCUCCACCGUCUUGCCAUACGUGUCGUUCCGGGCCUUUGCUGCUGUGCUCGGUGUGACAUCUGCCGGCGGCCAGCUUGGCGGUGUGGUGUUGCUGCUGGCUUUCUUCGUGACCACCAGCCUCAGCUACCAGCAGGGAAUCCUGUGGAUGGGUGUCGCCAUCAUUGUCGUCUCCCUUUCCGUAGCAGCCAUCCGCUUCCCCAUGUGGGGCGGGAUGCUGGCUGGGCCCGACACACGUUAUGGCGGCGUGCAGGAGGAGCAAUACUACAUCUCGGAGUGGACGGCUGAGGAGCAGGCCAGAGGCGACGCGCUGCCGGCGCUCAUGUUUGCGUUGCACGCUCGCUCAGAGCGCAGCGGCUGGGACUACUUCAUUGAGAAGAGGUCUUUGGCACGAGUUUAGUAAACCCUGGCGGUGACGCCCGCACGCCAGCAGCACCAGUGGAGCCUCAAGCAACCAGUGGAGCCUCAAGCAAAUCCGGAACACUUAUCAGGAUUAUGAUCUUAUUAUCCUCACAUUUGCAGUGGCCUAUGCAGCCCACCCACGCCAGCGGACUGUCACUGUCCCGCCGACCGGGGACAUCUGAGGCAUCCGCGGCUCUCUCGCACUCGCCGCGUUCCCACACGAAGCAAGCAAGCACAAUGUGGUUGGCCUGCGCCUAGAACAGGCGACAACCGGAACGGUGUAAGAGGGCUAACGCUGAACAGACAAGGUCUGACAGCUCCACACAUCACGGACCUAGGCCGGACGGCGUGAUUGGAAUCCCCGUGCAGGCACAGCUGGGAGCAACACCUGAAUUCAUAGCUGGAGCGGGAUAGGGGAGGUGCGCGGUGUGUAAUAAAGGCUCAGGCAUGAGCGGCUCAGCAGCAGCGCGUUCGGCCCACGCGGGGCGCACGCUGGCACAUGCAUGCGCUCCAGUGCUGUUGUAUUGCAUAUGAUGCAGAUGGGCUUCGGGGUGAGCUUAUUGGCAAUCUAGGUGGGCGUGCGCUUUUCAGUGUAGCAGGGCUUCUGAACUAAAUUGCUCUGUGUUAUACUGUUAUGCCUGUUUCUUUGUUUGUUCUGUGAAAUAAACCUGAAGCCCAGUGUACGUGUCCAGCACAUGGCAUUACGGUACCCCCGCUGCAAGGCGGUCUGGUAACGGCGGUCUGGUAGCGGUUACGUAGGCGCCGGUGUUUAUGUUUCGCCGUGGGGCUGUAGGGCUUUGGGGGGGCUCCGCUUCAUCGGGUUGGGAUUGGGGUCGGCUUCGGGCCUUCGGCCGCAGUAUUGGGUUCUGCUGCUACGAUUUGUUCGGGCCCCAGGCUGUGACUGCCUGGUUCGGCGGGACGUUGAGGAUCGGGCUAGUGGCGGGUUACUUCGAUGGCUGGCUUUUCGGCCGUUGCGAGGUAAAGAGCCCGAGGCGCAGAAUUAUGAGGAAAGCCAUACUGGAUGACACCAGGCAAAAGACCACCAUCUCUGUGUGCGUGGGUGCGCGGCGCGCGUGUGGGUGUGGGCUUGUGGCUGGCUGUCUCGCCAUGCCUUAACGACAGUAC